GAACAGCUUUUAUUGUUGCCUGUGAGCUGCUGCGAUAAUGGCGGUGUCUCGUCGCUCCUCGCAGCAGCAUCAACAACAACAACAGCAAAGCACCUUACAGUCUCCGCCGAGAAACAGCUCUCUUUCGGGAGCCCCUGCGGCCGCUCCGCCGAUGGCUUUGCUGAACUCGGUCAUCGGACCACCGGAGAGUGAGAGGGAAUGCAGCGGAGGCAUCGACAUGACUCCGGCCUCCCCGGACCUACAAGCCCCGGUCCUAGCGAGCAGCGCGAGCUCCACCACGACAACCUCUGGCGGCGGCAGCAGCAGCAGCGUCUCAAGCCCCGGUUCUGGAGCUACGAGUCCCACCGACGGCAGCAGCGGCGUCGGUGGGGCUUUCAGGGAGUUAUUCGAGGCCUGCCGUAACGGAGACGUAUCCAGAGUAAAGAGACUUGUCGACUCGGUGAACGUUAACGCGAAGGACAUGGCUGGCCGAAAAUCAACUCCCCUUCAUUUCGCUGCGGGUUUUGGCAGAAAAGAUGUGGUGGAGCAUCUCUUGCAGACAGGGGCCAAUGUGCAUGCCAGGGAUGAUGGAGGACUCAUUCCCCUGCACAAUGCCUGCUCUUUUGGCCAUGCAGAAGUUGUCAGCCUCCUCUUGUGUCAGGGUGCUGACCCCAAUGCCAGAGACAACUGGAACUACACUCCACUGCAUGAAGCUGCCAUCAAGGGAAAGAUAGAUGUGUGCAUUGUGUUACUCCAACACGGUGCUGAUCCGAACAUCCGCAACACUGAUGGCAAAUCUGCUCUGGAUCUAGCUGAUCCCUCAGCUAAGGCUGUUCUCACUGGUGAAUACAAAAAGGAUGAACUUCUGGAAGCAGCAAGGAGUGGAAAUGAAGAAAAGCUGAUGGCACUGCUGACUCCGUUAAAUGUCAACUGCCAUGCCAGUGAUGGCCGGAAGUCAACAUCCCAAAAAAUGCUGUCGACACCCCUCCACCUGGCUGCUGGCUACAACCGAGUCCGCAUCGUUCAGCUCCUCCUUCAGCACGGAGCGGACGUUCACGCCAAGGACAAGGGCGGCCUUGUUCCCCUUCACAACGCUUGCUCUUAUGGUCACUUUGAGGUCACCGAGCUUCUACUUAAACAUGGAGCCUGUGUGAAUGCCAUGGACUUGUGGCAGUUCACUCCUCUACACGAGGCAGCGUCCAAGAACCGUGUGGAGGUUUGCUCUUUGUUGCUGAGCCACGGGGCCGACCCCACCUUGCUGAACUGCCACAGCAAGAGUGCCGUGGACAUGGCCCCCACUCCAGAGCUGAAAGAGCGGCUGACCUAUGAGUUCAAAGGUCACUCACUGCUGCAGGCAGCCCGGGAGGCAGACAUGGCCAAAGUGAAGAAGACCCUGGCUUUGGAAAUCAUCGGCUUCAAACACCCUCAGACCAACGAGACAGCUCUGCACUGCGCUGUGGCUUCACCCCACCCUAAAAGGAAGCAAGUGACUGAGCUGCUGCUGCGUAAAGGUGCCAACAUCAAUGAGAAGAACAAAGACUUUAUGACUCCCUUGCACGUUGCUGCUGAGAGAGCUCACAACGACAUCCUAGAGGUGCUGCAGAAACACGGAGCAAAGGUAAACGCUGUGGACACACUUGGACAGACGGCUCUUCACAGGGCUGCACUGGCUGGUCAUAUCCAGACCUGCAAGUUGCUGCUGAGCUACGGGGCCGACCCCUCCAUCGUGUCCCUGCAGGGUUUCACCGCCGCCCAGAUGGGCAACGAAGCUGUACAACAGAUUCUCAAUGAAAAUGUUCCAACACGUAACUCUGACGUGGAUUACAGAUUUCUUGAGGCAGCCAAAGCAGGAGAUCUGGACACUGUGCAACAACUGUGCACCCCUCAGAACGUAAACUGUCGGGAUUUGGAGGGCCGCCACUCCACUCCUCUCCACUUUGCAGCCGGUUACAACCGAGUGGCUGUAGUGGAAUACCUGCUGCACCAUGGAGCUGAUGUCCAUGCCAAGGACAAGGGCGGUCUGGUUCCCCUCCACAACGCAUGCUCUUACGGUCACUAUGAAGUAGCUGAGCUGCUGGUCAGACAUGGAGCUUCAGUCAAUGUGGCCGACCUGUGGAAGUUCACCCCGCUUCAUGAGGCUGCAGCCAAAGGCAAAUAUGAGAUCUGCAAACUGCUACUCAAACACGGAGCAGACCCAUCCAAGAAGAACCGUGACGGCAACAUGCCGCUGGACAUGGUGAAAGACGGAGACACAGACAUCCAGGACCUGCUGAGGGGUGAUGCUGCCCUGCUGGAUGCUGCUAAGAAGGGCUGCCUGGCCAGGGUCCAGAAACUCUGUUCCCCAGAGAACAUCAACUGCAGAGAUACCCAGGGCCGCAACUCUACACCACUCCACCUCGCAGCUGGCUACAACAACCUUGAAGUGGCAGAGUAUCUGCUGGAGCACGGGGCUGACGUCAACGCCCAGGACAAAGGAGGCCUCAUCCCUCUCCAUAAUGCUGCUUCUUAUGGGCAUGUUGACAUUGCAGCCCUGCUGAUCAAGUACAAUACAUGUGUGAAUGCUACAGACAAAUGGGCUUUCACACCUCUCCAUGAAGCAGCCCAGAAGGGUCGUACACAGCUCUGUGCUCUGCUGCUGGCUCACGGAGCCGACCCCACCAUGAAGAACCAAGAGGGCCAGACUGCCCUGGACCUGGCCACGGCUGAUGACAUCCGGGCCCUUCUCAUGGACGCCAUGCCUCCAGACGCUCUGCCCAGCUGCUUCAAGCCCCAGGCCACAGUUGUCAGCGCCUCUGUCAUCUCCCCUGCCUCCACGCCAUCCUGCCUGUCGGCCGCCAGCAGCAUAGACAACUUGGCUGGGCCGCUCACAGAGCUUGCCGCCUCUGCUGCUGCCGGGACGUCUGGAGUAGCAGAUGGAGCCACAGGCACUGACCGCAAGGAAGGAGAAAUGGCAAUGCUGGACAUGAACAUAAGUCAAUUCCUGAAGAGUCUGGGCCUGGAGCACCUGAGGGACAUUUUUGAGAGGGAACAGAUCACCUUGGAUGUCCUGGCCGACAUGGGCCACGAGGAGCUGAAGGAGAUCGGGAUUAACGCUUAUGGCCACAGACACAAGCUCAUCAAGGGUAUUGAGAGGCUGCUGGGCGGCCAGCAGGGUGCCAACCCAUACCUGACAUUCCAUUGUGCCAACCAGGGCACCAUCCUGAUAGACCUCGCCCCAGAUGACAAGGAAUAUCAGUCUGUGGAGGAGGAGAUGCAGAGCACCAUCAGAGAGCACAGAGACGGGGGCAAUGCAGGUGGCGUGUUCAGCAGAUACAACAUCAUCAAGAUCCAGAAAGUGGUAAACAAGAAGCUGAGGGAACGUUACACUCACAGACAGAAGGAGAUCGCAGACGAGAACCACAACCACCACAACGAGCGUAUGCUGUUCCACGGUUCCCCGUUCAUCAACGCCAUCAUCCACAAAGGCUUUGAUGAGCGCCACGCUUACAUAGGAGGGAUGUUUGGGGCAGGGAUCUACUUCGCUGAGAACUCCUCCAAAAGCAAUCAGUACGUCUAUGGCAUCGGUGGCGGCACGGGCUGCCCAACGCACAAAGACCGGUCCUGCUACCUGUGCCACAGGCAGAUGCUGUUCUGCCGAGUGACCCUGGGAAAGUCUUUCCUGCAGUUCAGUGCCAUGAAGAUGGCUCACGCCCCCCCGGGACACCACUCAGUGAUCGGGCGGCCCAGCGUUAACGGUCUGGCCUAUGCUGAGUACGUCAUUUACAGAGGAGAGCAGGCCUACCCAGAGUACCUCAUCACCUACCAGAUCCUUAAACCGGAGACUGCAGCCCAGUCUGCUGCAGGAGCUGAGCAGAAGUCAUAGUUACUUCAUCUCUCUCACACACACACAGACACACACACACGGACUUGAUGCUCGUUAUUUUCUCCUUUGUAUUGCAAAUGCCUAAAAACCUUUUAUUUACGAAACACAUUUCCAGUCUCCUCUCCAGUAGAAUCCAUGGUGACCAGUGCUUCGUGAGCAGAUAUGCUGUAUAAUACUCUCCUACUCGUGGUGAUGACACGUCCACUGUUCCACUGUUUUUUGCAUCGGCUGCAUGUUACCACAGAAGCAUGUAAAGCCCAAUAGCGUGCGUGGGUUAGUUCUUUCAGUAUCCCCCCCCCCCUCCUCCCUCCUUCUCUCCCUCCUCACAGAUCAGGAGGAUGCGUGUAGAGACUAUGAAGUAUCAGCAUUAACAGUUCACCACUCUUUGUUGCCUCAUUACAUGUGACUGUGGAGAAUCACCAACCCCUCACCUCUACACACCCACACACAAACACUGUCUCACUGUCAAAGCCUGAAGCCUGUGGACUACUACUACUGCCCCACCGUAUCUGGGUUCAUCCUGUAUAGAAUGGCCUCUGGUAACUGUGAUUUUAAUGCUAACAUAUAACACUACCAAACAGGUAACAGCAUGUUGUUGCUAUGCUGUAAAGCUGACUUAACGUAAUUUCACCCCGAGAACACUACAAACACUGUUUUUAGUGCUUUUAUCCAGGACUGGACAUGCUCAGUUGAGAAGGGCUCUCUGUCAAAUCACAGAAGUUGAGACAAUUUUAUUGACAUUACAAUAUUGGUUUGUAUGAGAGAUGAUGUACACUCAGUAAUGAAGCUUAAAUGCAAUUGUAAGGCAUCAUAAUUACACAAGGUUAGCCUACAGGUGUGGAGUCUCUACAUUUAAAGGCAUUAUAUAUGACUGUUUCAACACAGUUGAGUCAGUAAAUACUCAGUGUUGAAAUGUGCUUGUGAUGCUUUACAAGUUAACACCAGAUAGCCAGUGAACUCAUCAAAGCACCCUUUUGUCGCCAUGGUCUUACUCACAGACAUCCCACGCAUAAGGAUUUGCACUUUGACAUAGAAACCUAUUUAAGUUAUUUUGAAUUUAAAUUGCAAAUUUGCGGGAAAAAAAUAUUUGUACAGGUUGUGUAAAUGGUUGUGUAUAACUGUCGCUGUUUAACAGUAUCUUUGAGUUCAACUGUAAAGGACAUCUGAGUUUUCCUUUCAUGUCUUCUUGAUUCUGGCAACUUUUUUUUUUUUAAUAAAUGUCCCAUUAACA